CCUUCCUCCAUCGACAUCGCCAAGUUAAUAACUACCACUAGCAUCUUCAAGAGGCGUCAUAAAACACAAUUCAACUACACCUUGUCUCUCUCUCUCUCUCUCUCUCUGGUUUCUCCCUUUUCUUCCUUCUUCCCAGUCUUGUCAAGGUGGUGCUUUUCCUGCUUCCGAUAGCUGCUUCUUAGUUCGAUGGUUCAAUCAGGUGGUCUUGGCAGUGGGUUAAUUUGAAGCAAUCGUUAUCAUUUGAAAGUGAAAACUGCUUCCUAGUAGCUGCUUUCAUUCAGUCAUGACUUCUUGUUUUUCUUCCUUAUUUGGUAGGAAGGUUAGAUCUUCAGUUAUACGAGAUCCUGAAAUUGAUGAAGAAUUAUCAGGUGUUCACAAUGUUAUUCUUUAUACCUACAAAGAACUAAGUACUGCCACUGAGGAUUUCAGUCCAGCGAACAAAAUUGGAGAGGGAGGCUUCGGUUCUGUCUAUAAGGGAAAGCUAAAAGAUGGAAAAAUUGCUGCUAUCAAAGUCCUUGCAGCUGAAUCAAGACAAGGGGUGCAGGAAUUCUUGACAGAGAUCAAAGUGAUCUCAGAAAUAGAGCAUGAAAAUUUAGUUAAGUUAUAUGGCUGUUGUGUGGAAGGAAAUCACAGAAUAUUAGUUUACAAUUACCUCGAGAAUAACAGUCUUGCACAAACUCUUCUAGGUGGACGUCAAAGCAAUAUUUUCUUCAAUUGGCAAACACGAUCUAGAAUAUGCAUUGGGAUUGCCCGUGGACUUGCUUUUCUUCAUGAGGAAGUAAGACCACAUAUUGUUCAUAGGGAUAUAAAAGCAAGCAAUAUUCUUCUUGACAAAGAACUUACACCAAAGAUUUCAGAUUUUGGACUUGCAAAGCUUAUCCCACCAAACAUGACUCAUGUCAGUACACGUGUGGCAGGGACAAUAGGUUAUUUGGCACCAGAAUAUGCAGUCAGGGGGCAGGUGAAUAGAAAAGCAGACAUUUACAGUUUUGGUGUACUUCUUUUGGAGAUUGUCAGCGGGAGAUGCAAUACAAAUACACGAUUACCAGAAGAAGAACAGUUCCUGCUAGAAAGAACAUGGAGAUAUUAUCAGCAAAGGAUAUUGGUAGGGCUGGUAGACACAUCACUCAAUGGAGAAUUCGACGCUGAGGAAGCUUGCAAGUUUCUGAAAGUUGGCCUUCUUUGCACUCAGGAAGUUCCGAAACUCCGGCCACCCAUGUCUUCAGUGGUUAAGAUGCUCACGGGAAAAAUGGAUGUCGACGACAGUAAGAUAACAGAACCAGGCUUGAUUUCUGACUUAAUGGACCUCAAAGUUAAAGGAAAACCAAAAAAUGAAGUUGAUAUGAAGACAUUGUCUUCAUAUAAUGCAUCCUCGUCCUCGGACUUCCGGGACACUACAAUGUCGUCGGCUGCUUCAACGGUUGCUACUACAACCUCUGCCGUGCGAUAUGAUCAUAGCAUGUAAAUGUCAGUCGCCAAUGUUUUGUUCUUUCUAGAUGAUUUUCAAGGCUUUUGAUGUCAUGUAAAUUUUGCACAGUUUUCCAAGUUUUUGGACGUGUUUUAUUCUUUUGUGCAAACCCUCCGAGAUCAGAAAGUUUCUCUCUGGAAGUACUACUGUAUUGUAAAUGGACAAGUGUUGCAUUCACUGAUGAAUUUGAAGAUUUCCCCUUGCCUUC